UAAAACAAGAGGCCAAGUAUAGACACAAGCUUCCCUCACCGUGCUCUCCUCUCCCCCUCUCCCUUCCCAGUUUGACGGGGCUCUUAUGGUAGAAGAGGACACAGACUACCAGAUCGACGGGGAUCUCCUCGCUCCCCAGAUCAACAACGACAAGAACAAUGAAAAUGACAACAGCAUCCUGGUCAACUCCCCCUCGCUGGACUUCAACGACAACGAGGACCUCCCGACUGAGCUGAGCGACUCCUCGGAGACCCACGACGAGGGCGAGGUGCAGGCGUUCUACGGUGACCUCAACGGACGGGUGUUUAUCAACGAGGUGUUCAAAUUCAGUGUGGACAAGAUGCACAGCCUGCUCUUCACAGAGUCGCAGUUCAUGAGGGACUUCCUGGAGCAAAGGAGGUUUUCAGACAUGGUGUAUCACCCGUGGAAGAAGGAGGACAAUGGCAAUCAAACCAGAGAGAUCAUGUACACAAUCACCCUGACCAACCCCCUGGCCCCCAAAACUGCCACCGUCAGCGAAACGCAGACGCUGUACAAAGCUAGCCAGGAGAGCGAGUGUUACGUCAUCGACGCGGAGGUGAUAACGCAUGAAGUCCCAUAUCACGACUACUUCUACACUCUGAACCGAUAUACUCUCACGCGAGUAGCCAAAAACAAGUGCCGGCUGAGGGUGUCUACGGAGCUUCGGUACAGGAAACAGCCCUGGGGGCUGGUCAAGAGUUUUAUAGAGAAGAACUUCUGGAGUGGCCUGGAUGACUACUUCAGACAUCUAGAGAUGGAGCUGACGAAGGCAGAGACUCUGUUCACCGAACUACACCGGCAGUCCCCCAAAGAAAAGGCGACGAAAACGUCGAGCGUGCGGCGGAGGAAACGACCGCUCGCGCACAUCCGUGCCCAGCACCUAGAGGAGGCUAUCAGCCCAGUCACCACCCCCACUGACGAAGAGGUCAUCCACCGCAUCAAACACGUGGCAGGUUCCACACAAACUAAAUACAUCCCAGAAGAAGUUCCUGGCUUUGCAUUGUACAGCGUUUCCAAGUUACUACUGGUAGUUAGCUUUGUGAUCUGUUUAAGUUUGGUGGUACUGGUGUUCUUGAACAUGAUGCUGUUCUACAAGCUGUGGAUGCUGGAGUACACCACACAGAGCCUCACCACGUGGCAGGGGCCACGGCUUCAUGAGAGCAAGCUGCCGCAGUCUCAGAUGGAGUGGGCCCAGCUGUUGGAGUCACAGCAGCGAUACCACGAUGCAGAGCUGCUCAAGUGGAAGGAAAUAAUCCGAUCAUCAGUGCUGCUUUUAGAUCAGAUGAAGGACUCUCUUUUAAAUCUCCAGAAUGGUAUUGGUUUGAGGGACUACAGUUCAGAGGCAGAGGAGAAGAGAAACCACUAUCACUGACAAGACAAUUCAAUGGCCAAAAGGGAACGGUGUGCAAUAUAUAAAUACCUGUACAGACAAAUAUAAAGAGAUGAGUGUACGUACUGGAACCACAGGAUAGUGGACUUGGACUGGCUGCUGCUGCAGCUGCUCCCCAGAAGGGGCUUAAAAAAAAGACGGGCUCGCCCACAAAACAGGAAGUGGAGCUCUCUUAGCACUGAGGCAGCAUGGGAAAGACAGCAGCCACACUAACCUGGGCCUGCACUCCUUUUAUUAUUAUAAACAAAAAACAAAAAAAAUCCCAAAAAAGGCAUGCAACUUCCUCUCUAGACUGUCCUUGUUCAAGGAAGGCGUGUAGCUCGAGUCCUGUGCAAUCUGUCUAAAAUCAGAUUUAAAAGAAGAGGUGUUUUUUUUUUUAUUAAUAAUAUUAUUGAAGACCUUGUUUAGGCAUCUCCAGACUGUUCCAAGCAAGGGACCGUACCCAAGAAUCGGCACCUCAGCGCCUCUUUUCUAAACUGACGUCUGGUGGAGGGGACCAGGUACAGUCAGGUGCACUGCUCUUUGAAGUUGUUGUUUUUUUUUUUCUAUAGAAGUAAUACCUUUGUUUGCUGGCAGUGCAUCCACACUGUAUUGGCUAAGCUGCCAUGGAGAGAUAGAAGCAGGUUCCCCUGGUAGAUCUAUGCCAUGGUGCUGUGCACACCCGUGUGUAAGCCGACGUUCAUCUCUAACUACCAUGGACUGUUCCAGCUUACAAUGGGUGAACUGAUUUUGAAUUUACUUUUCAAGAAGUCCCUACUCAAGUUUUUCCUAGAAAGAGAGUCCGGGGAAUAGCCCUGAUCUUUAAAAGUUCUGAAAAGGGGGGCGCUGCAGCUUCUACUGUUUUUUGGGUGACCUUAAUGUUCUACGUGUAUGAAUUAUAAACUGUGAAUAUAAUAUAUUGAAAAUGCUUGAACAUGGAAAAAAAAAAUAGAAUUAUGAUGCAGAUUAUUUAUUAUGAAUUUAUGUAUAUAGAGAAAAGUUAACAGUGCUGUUACAGGCGGGUCAGAUACUUUAUACAGGAACACAAAAGUGGUUCUCUUGUAUUUGUUACUCUGUACCAUCAAUCAAGGCAUGUCUGUGACAUGUAGGAUGCUUGCUGAGUGUGAAAUGUUAACCAUUCCAUGUCUGUCCAUGUAGUAGCUGAAGUGUUAAGAGUAACAUAGCCAAACUGCCUUUUGCAAACCCAGCCGGAGGAGUCCAUCUGCUGACCAAUGCGUGCUAUUACACCUGUGCUUAGUCUGUACUGUAGCGGCGGACGUCUUCAACUGCAAAACCAGACUGACGCAAGAGUAGAAUCCCUGAAAUUAGUAGCUACAUUCCCAACUAUAUUCCAGAUUAAACAGACAGUGCUAGCUCCACGGCAUGAUCACUUCUUAAACUGCCUGGACAGCCUGCUUGUUGUGCUUGCUUUGUAAAUUGAGGACUGUUCCCGUGUUGUUAUAGUGAAGAUCCAUAGGGCCCAUGGAUCUCGCAGUAUUUUAGCAAAAGCAGGUUAAAGCAAAGGCUUGUGGUAAAUUGAAACAAGUCCCGUGUUUAACUGAGAACUUCCACCAUAAAUAAAACUGGACACUUUAAAAUGCCUAUGCAAUGCACAGUAAAAGCCAAUUAAUUAUUUUAAAAAAAGAUUUAACAUUGUGAACGGAAUUGCCAGCGGUACUUGAAGUAGUUAUGAAUGGCCCUGAAUAAUAACAGCCGUGUACAAGACGACAAUCUGCUUUGGGCUGUAUAACAGAAGGCUGUUACUACUUACACAUCCAGCUAGUGAUCGCUCCCAGACAAUAGGUGUCACUGCUGGGGAAGCAAGUUGCAUAUGAGGGAUAUUCAAUCAGCCACAAGGGGGCGCUCCCACCUCAAGUGUUCAGCUUCUACCUGCACUGCCAAUGGAGUAAUUAAAACAGAGACACUUGUCAUUUAAAAUAGACGCAGGGCACAAGGAGAUUGGCAUGUUCUGGUGUGGGGUUGCAUUCGCACAGGAGUCGAACUAUUGUGGUUUGUCUGAUAACUAGAGUAUCCCUUGCUCUCGGACACUUGCUUGCAUAGAUAGAUAGAUAAACAUAAAUAAAUAUAGAGACAGAUAAAUAUAUAGACUUGGAUAUUACAGAACAGUAAUAUAGCUAUCUAUCUAUAUGUUCUGUAAUAUCCAGGUUCAUCAAAAAAAUAGUAAUUCUGUCAUGUGGUUGUAUUAGUCCCUGUUAAGAUAAAACACCUGGCCAGGGCCUUGCUGUGUUAAGCAGGCCAAUAGAGAAGCUGAACUGAAGGCACCAGCCCUGUGUACUGGGUCUGUCCUUGCCAGACAGUGUCGUUUAUUGGAUUGUAGUCAAAAGUGGACAUGCUUGAAAUGAUUACUAUACCAGUGGGGGUGUGCUGAUACUCGCUCAUAAUUGCCUUUAAAAAAAGUGUUUAAUAAGCCGGUAUUAAACACAGCCAUUCAUUAAUGUUUUCAUUUCAAAACAAGCAGCUGUCCUUCCCUCACCUUUACAACCGAGUGGCAGUCAAUGGCGAUUCCGCACGAAGAGUUUUAAAAGCCGAUUUGGAAGCGGAUUUUCCUCUCCCCUGUACCAGGGCAGUACAGCAGACUAGGAUCGCAAGUUCAGGUCUCCGCACACUCUGCUGAACAGUCCAUGCCUCCACAUUGUACUCCAGUGGUAGCCCAGGCCAGGGACUUCUCAUUUCAUUCAUUGUCUCAUCCCAAUCAGCGGAGUGUUUGUUCCUCCUGUUUUCAGUGCUACACUGUGUACAGCAGAAAGCCACACUGACCGACAAAAAACUAAAAUCUCCUGCCAAAAUUCAGUGUGCUUAAAUAACUGAAAGCAAAAGGUUUUGCCCUUUUUAAAAAGUUUAAGGAUAAAAAAGGGAGAAUUAUUUGAUAAAUUACAAUGCAAAAAAAAGUGUCAAAAACAUCUAAUACCAUAACAAAGGUCCCGUAAAGAAGAUGAGAGAUUAUACACUGUGUUAAACCAAAAAAGUAUAUUGCUGCUACUGAUGUAGACAGCGGGAGACAAACACUGUACAGCUGUGUAUUCAUCCACCCUAGGAUAACGUGCCCUUCCCAAAGACAGCAGAGAUACAACAGCAUGAGAUCAGCAAAGCGCAGGAAAAUCAGAUUCAAGACAGACCCCAUGGUGCUGUGAUUAAAAGCAAUGCAGUCCUAUUUCAACCCUGCAGGCUCCUGUGAAAAGGCUUGACUCUGUACAGAAGGAAAUGCAGGUGAAUGUGCCCCCGAGUACAGCAAAGCGUUCUAGUGCACUUUAUAGAUAGACAAAAGGAAUAUGCUGUUGAAACAAGACGACAGCUAUAGAUGAAAUGAUUUAUUUAUGAAUAUAUUUAUUCUACAUAUUAAAUAUUAAAAAGGAAGUCGUGAUUGUGAUGCAGUAUUGUCAUAUUGCUGCCGAGAAGGCGCAGCACCUCACUCCCUGUUUCAAUAGCUGUGUCCCCUGUCAUGCCAUUUACAGCACUGUAGGAAUGGGUUGCAAUGUUCUAUGACGGGGUCUUCAGCCCUUGAUGGAUUCAAAACUUAAUUUUGAAAGGAUAGUAUGAGUGUGAAUGUAGUGGAUCCAUGGAAACAGGCAGCGUGUGAAGUUUUUCACACAUUGAGAUUUGAAUUUUUUUUUUUUUUUUAACAGGAUAAGCUUGGCUUGCAGUGGUUAAUCAUAUUAUAUACAGAUAUGAAAAUGGUGCUCAACACGUGGAAGUCUGGCCAGCAGUGGCAUUAUGCGCUGUUAACAUUAAAAUUUCCUAUUCUACAUACUGUGAUUUUUGGUGCAAGCACAGGCAUGAAUUAAAUCAUUUAAAAAUCUCAGCCACUGUUUAGCCCAAUAUUCUUUGACUAUUUUUUUCCUUCUGAGAAAAAAAAACAAACAUUAAUUUAAAAAUGUAUGGUUAAUUUUUAAAUGUACAAAAUGCAUUUUGUAAUUAUAUAUAUAUACAAAUAUAUAUGAUUUAAGAUCUCUUGAAUCUAUUGUAUAGCUUUUAUAUAUAUAUAUAUAUCUGUCUAUCUAUAAUGUGUUUCAGGGAAACAUGCAGUAUGUUUUUUGCUGUUUUAACAUCAGCAAUCUUUGGACCUCCUUUUUAGACCCGACAUGUUUGUGGCUUCCCCUUUGUCAGUGAUGGUACAAUCCAAGAUCUUCAGGUUUGACAAAAAGUAAAAUUUGGACCUUGCCUGCUUAUUUUGCAAACGGGGGGGGGUGGUCCAGACCCAAAUAAGAAUGUGUACUUCAUGUCUUUGAGUUGGUCAUGUGUGAGAGUGAUCCUGUGUUUGUUGUUAGACGCUGAGGGUAAAUCGGUCUAAGAAUGAACUAAUAAAAUGCCUAUUCAUUUCAGAGUAAAUGCAGGUCCUGUACACAGUACUUAAGACUUGCCUCUGGAUACCCAGUGAAGCACAAUGCCUAAAGCUCACCUCAAAACAACAGUCCCCAGGUUACUCUGAAUGGAUCUGCAGUACGACCUUGAUCCAAGAGUCUGAAAUAUCUGCACCAACACAUAAAGGAACUGUUGUGAUAUUACAAUUGGCUAAAAGUGAAAUAUUGCUGUUUUUUUUUUUUUUUUUUUUUUUUAAAUUCAGGCAACUGUCAAAGCAAUAUUUUCAAGCAAGUUCAAACAAGCAGUCUUGAAUUGAGCACCAGUGUGAAAACUGCUUGAAAAUGUUCCCCUAAAACAUGUGUUGGAGAAGUGUAUUCAUAUCCCUAAUGGGGUUGGGGUCGACCCCUUUGUUUCAAUGCCAAUUCCUUUUAAUCAGUUCUGAUUGCAAUUCCCAGUCUGUAGGGAAUGGAUUUUAAUUGGAAUUAACCCAAACCCUGAUCCCUAAUUAUUUAAUUUCAGCUAGAAACCCAGUUCCAGUUACAAUGCUGUAGGCAGAAUAACGUCAUUGUUCUAGUAAUACAUUUUGAAGUACAUGUUGGGGGCGUAUUAUUAUGCAAAUGUAAGUUCUGGGCAUACUUCCGACUCUACAUGCAGUUUUCACUGGUUUGCAUUGUAAAAGACAUUUAUCCCUAGACUGUAACUGUACAGGUAAUUGCGUGCUAGCACACACAAUGAGAGGACCCUUCAAAACGUGUGGGACAGUCGAUUUCAUAAGUCAAACUGGAACGCUUGCUGCUUUCUGAGAGAAGGGUUUAGCCGCUUCCCUGUUUAUGCUCCCGCGUAGACACCAGACUGGGAAUUUACAAAGGCGGCGAAUUAGAAAAUGCACUUUCAAAUUGUAAUUUGGAAAUGG